AUGUAUAUACAACUGCAGGCUGUUUUUCGAAAAUUUUUGUCCGCAACGAAGAAUAAGAUAAAACCACCAAACAUCAACACCAUGAAGGUGGACGGUGGCAGUAGUGGUGCUUGUAGUAGUGGCGGUAGUGGUAAAGAUGGCGCAACUGCUGCUGCUGCUGCUAACAACGACAACUGUUGUGCCAUUGUCGAUGAAGAGUUUGAGUCAAGAAAGCAAGAGUGGCAAGAGGAACUCGACCAGAUGUCAGAUUUUUUAGUGUUGAAAUCGACGGAGGAGCAGAGAGAGGAGGGGGUGGCCAGCCCUGUGGACACUGCCUACCUCGAUGAUAAGGACGGCAUGCCCGUCUUGAAAGCCUGCUUUGAUGUCCAACACUUCAAACCUGAUGAGGUGCAGUUGAGUGUCGAGAACGGAAUCCUAACGGUUUUCGCGCAGUCCCUGCAAGAGAGGGACGUUGCAGUCUUCAAGAAGACGAUGAUCCGGAGACUGGAGAUUCCCAGCUAUGUGGACCACCAACUGAUGCAGUGCGUUCUCAGCCACGAUCAAAAAAUCCUCACCAUCGAGAUGCCCUUCCACCUCCCACCUCAAAAACGACCCAUAGGGCCGACCGUGGUCCCAGUUUUCAGUGACGAGAGGGGACGUAGAAAGAUCAGGUUGGUGUUUUCGGUGGGGAGGGAUUUUACGGAGGAUGACGUCACGCUGACGUUGGAUCGAAACAGGCCGCAGUGUCUGACGGUGGAUGCCAGUUAUGAAGCUGAAGUCGGGCCGUACGCUGCACAGGUCACUCGUCGCCAAUUUCGAAAACGCUUUCGUCUUCCGGACUUCGUGAACGUAGACACGUUGGAGCAGAGUUUGAGUGAGGAUGGCGAAUUAUUUGUUGACAUCCUCUUAAAAGAUGAUCCGAGCUUUCAAUUUAAAAUCACCACUGAAAAGGUAACUGAAAACAAUUACUCAAGUAACGAUUACCGAGUAGAUUCGAGUAAAACCGACAAAAAUCAAUUGAAUUCAACUAAAACCGCUCAACGCCAAAUAGAUUCCGAUAGCAGAGAAGAAGACAGUGCGGAAAGUAAAGUUGAGGGCGGCCUUAAUAUUAUAACUCCAAUUAUCGACCUGAAUGAUGUCGAUUUUGAAGUUAAACUUGAAUGCGGAGGAAGUGGUGGUGGUGCUGGUGGGAAGGAGGAAUGGAAGAAUGAUGGAGUAGUAGCCACUGGCAGUAGUGAUAAUGAUGAUAAUAAGAACAAUGGCGAUAGAGAUGAUGAUGACAAUAAUGACGACGAUAAUAAACUCGCUGGUGGCGAAACGAACGAGAAGUUAUUAGGAGAUAGUAAGAGGACAAAUAUUGAUGAUGGCGAUGGGAAGGAAACGAAAGCUGAAAGUAACAAUUCCAAAAAGAAGAUGACAGAUCUCGAUGAUCAGAAGACGAAAUAUAACGAGUAGAGCCUUGAAAAUCAUCAUAUCAAUCCGAAAUCUGACGUUUAAUUUAUUCGUUAUUUCAAUAUUUAGGCUCAUACAUUUAGGUUUAAUUGUCACUAACACUUACAUACACACACAUACAUAGAUACACACACACACACACACACACACACACACACACACACAUUUACUCAAUCCCCACACCCAUACGGACUGCAGUGCAAAUUAACAGACCUUCAACAAAUAUAGAAUUAGAAUUUCAAAAAGAUUGCACGAUUUUUAUUAAUUGGUGUAACAAAUAACAUUUUGACAAUUGCGUUUUAUUUCAUGCAUGUGUCACUGUAUGUAUGUGUAUGUGUGUUUGUGUGUAUAUGUAUGUAUGUUUGUCUGUUUACAUGUUUGUGUGUAUGUAUGUGUUUAUGUACGAUGGAUGCAUAUGCUUGUUUGUCCUCAGGCGUUUGUGACUGUUGUUUUAAUAAUUUUCAUUAAAAUUUG